AUGAACUCAGGUGACAGCUGCAACAACUUCUUUCAUGGUGUCGCCGAUGCUAUUCCGAUCAAAGUCGGUCCUCCUCCGCCUCCCUCCGGCGGUCUCCCGGGGACGUUGAACUCGGACGAAGCGAGAGAUCUGAAACUGCCGUACAAGGACAGGUUCUUCUUGCAACCUCUGUCACCGACGGAAGCGGCGGCUCGGGCCAAGGAGUCGGCGAAAGAGAUCGUGAACGUGAAGGCGUUCAUCGACAAGAAGGCGUGGCCGUACGUUCAGAACGACCUCCGCCUGAGGGCCGAAUACCUCCGUUACGAUCUCAACACCGUCAUCUCCUCCAAGCCCAAGGACGAGAAGCAGAACCUCAAGGAACUCACCGGAAAGCUCUUCCAAAGCAUCUCCGGCCUGGACCAUGCGGCGAAGAUAAAGAGCACUCCGGAGGCGGAGAAGUACUACGCGGAGACGGUUUCGAGCUUGAACGAUGUUCUUGCCAAGCUCGGUUAAUAAGAAGAAAGAUCUGUUUUGUUGUAAUUAUGUUCAUUUUGUCCAAAUACUUUGGCCAUCUUCUUCUUCUACUUCUGUCUGAAUUCUCCACCAUUUACAGUUCCAGUUCCAGUCUCGGAGUUCAACCUUAAUCUAAGUUCUUAGGUAGGAUCUUGUUCAUGGGCUCAUCGGAUUUAUCUAGCUUUACACUUAGCAU